UUUCAGUCUCAGUCUCGUUACUCUUCUUCUCGAAUCGUCUCUGUCUCUCUCACCGUCAAAAUUUAUUGAAAAUUAGAAUGAAGUUCCGUUUACGUAGUGUUCUUGAAAAACACCGUAAGCAGCCGCCUCGACCCUCGUCGGACAUCCGCGGCGGCGAUUUCCGCCACCCCGCACAAAUUAAUCGGCUACAGUAAUCACAGAACAUCAAUUCUUGUGGUACUAGGUCUUGUUGUAAUUCUCAAUGGGCAUAGCAGUUUCCUUGUGCAAGCCGGUGCUGAGAGCAAGGUUCAUAUAGUGUAUUUGGGUGAGAGGCAGCAUGAUGAUCCCCACUUUGUCACGAAAUCUCAUCAUCAGAUGUUGUGGUCACUUCUUGGAAGUAAAGAGGAUGCUCAUGAUUCAAUGGUGCACAGUUUCCGGCAUGGCUUCUCAGGUUUUGCGGCUAAGCUUACCAAGUCCCAAGCCAAGAAAAUCGCAGAUUUUCCUGAAGUUGUUCAUGUCAUACCGAAUAGUUUCUACAGGCCGGCAACAACUCGGACUUGGGACUACUUAGGAGUUUCUGCCACCGAACCAAAGAAUCUUCUAAAUGACGCUCGCAUGGGUGAACAAAUGAUCAUCGGCGUUAUCGACACAGGAGUAUGGCCAGAGUCUGAAGUAUUUAACGACAACGGGUUUGGUCCUGUGCCGAGCCACUGGAAAGGAGGAUGUGAAUCAGGAGAGAACUUCAGCUCCUCUCACUGCAACAAAAAGCUCAUAGGAGCAAAGUACUUCAUCAAUGCUUUUUUCGCGGAGAACGAAAGCUUCAACACCACUGAAUCACUUGACUUCAUUUCCCCUAGAGCCGUUAAUGGCCAUGGCACGCACGUUGCUACCAUCGCGGCUGGUUCCUACGUGCCCAACACAAGCUACAAGGGCCUAGCUGGAGGGACUGUGAGAGGCGGGGCACCUCGUGCUCGUAUAGCAAUGUACAAGGCUUGUUGGUAUCUGGAUGAUCUAGAGAUAACGACUUGUUCCUCUGCUGACAUCUUGAAAGCUAUGGACGAGGCGAUUCAUGACGGUGUUGAUAUUCUGUCUCUCUCUCUAGGCUAUGAACCUCUGUUCCCGGAAACUGAUGCUCGCGAUGGGAUAGCUACCGGAGCGUUCCAUGCGGUUCUAAAGGGUAUUACAGUUGUUUGUGCGGGUGGUAACGCAGGCCCAGCGGCUCAGACCGUUACAAACUUGGCUCCGUGGAUCAUCACAGUGGCUGCUACUACUCUAGACCGUUCCUUUCCGACUCCUAUGACACUUGGGAACAAUAAAGUGAUAUUGGGUCAAGCAGUGUACACAGGUCCCGGACUUGGUUUCACUAGGUUGGUUUACCCAGAGGAUCCAGGGAACACCAACGAAAGCUUUUCAGGUACAUGUGAGAGUCUUCACAUCAAUUCUGAUGUUACAAUGGCGGGGAAAAUCGUGUUGUGUUUCACAGAAUCACCUUACGGUACGGCUGUAUUGAGGGCUGCACGGUUUGUGUCACAAGCUGGUGGUGUCGGCGUAAUCAUUGCAGGACAACCAGGCAACAUUUUCCGACCAUGUCUAGAUGAUUUCCCUUGUGUUGCUGUCGAUUAUGAGCUCGGGACCCAUAUACUUCUGUACAUACGUUCUAGUGGAUUGCCUGUUGUGAAGAUACAACCAUCUAAAACACUCAUUGGACAACCAGUGGGUACAAAGGUUGCAACUUUCUCAUCAAGAGGUCCUAAUCCAAUCUCAGCCGCGAUCCUCAAACCUGAUAUAGCAGCACCAGGAGUGAGUAUAUUGGCGGCUACAACCACCAAUACCACUUUCAACGACCGAGGAUUCAUUUUUCUGUCGGGAACAUCAAUGGCGACUCCUACCAUUUCAGGAGUUAUUGCACUUCUCAAAACUCUGCACCAUGAUUGGUCUCCUGCUGCAUUUAGAUCAGCCAUUGUCACAACAGCUUGGAGAACUGAUCCAUUUUGUGAGAAGAUUUUUGCAGAAGGGUCACCUCGAAAGCUAGCUGAUCCGUUUGACUAUGGUGGAGGCCUUGUGAAUCCAGAGAAAGCUGCGAAACCAGGUCUUAUCUAUGACUUGGGCCUCGAAGACUAUGUUCUCUACUUGUGCUCCGUUGGUUACAACGAGUCAGCAAUCUCUCAGCUUGUCGGAAAAUCAACAGCCUGCUCGAAUCCGAGACCAUGUGUUCUUGAUUUCAACUUGCCUUCCAUCACAAUCCCAAAUCUUAAAGACGAAGUCACUCUCACCAGAACACUCACUAACGUUGGACUAGUCGACUCGGUCUAUAACGUAGCGGUCGAGCCACCGUUGGGAGUUCAAGUGAGUGUGACCCCGGAGACGUUAGUGUUCAACUCGACGACCAAAAGGGUCUCUUUUAAGGUCAAAGUCUCGACCACACACAAAAUCAAUACUGGUUACUUGUUUGGAAGCUUGACUUGGAGUGACUCUCUGCAUUAUGUCACCAUACCUUUAUCUGUGAGAACGCAAAUUCUGCCGUUCUACUACGAUGAGAACUAAUCCAAAGUAAAAAAGUAACCAGUCGUGUCUUUUUGUUUAACGCACUUAUACUGUAUACUUUGUUUGUAUGUAUUAAACUAUUUGAAUAAGUAAAGUUGGAUGAGUAAUAAUUUCAUUUUGUGAAGCAGAAACUUUAAAAAUUUCAUUUUCUUGUGAGAGAAUACUCAAAUCAAAUCAAUAGUGUUUAUU